AUGGCCAACUACAAGUCAGAAAAAUGUCCCCCACAGACAAACAUUAUUGAGGUGCCAGAGCUGCCCACCUUCACUUUUAAAAAGCCAGAGGAGAAGCAGGAGACCAUCACCACUCCUUCUGCCUUACUCUGUGAUGAGGGGAAGGAGUCAGAUACUACUUUUAUAUUUGAGCUCCCCCUUAGCAAGACCAGCCUGCCCAAGAACAAGCCUGAGGAAUCUAAGACCCUGGAGCCAGCUUUCAACUUUAACACAGCCUCCGCCAGUGAAGACAAAUGGACAUCCCAAGCUACGGCCAGCAGUAUCUUCUGUGGAUGUGGAGACGGCACCUCCACCGAGUUGGUCAAAGCAGAAAAAAGACAACCACAGGACCGCAAGCCCCCACUGCCCCUCCAGCAGUACAGCAGCAAAGAGGCAUCACAUUUGGAGCACCUGAGGAUGAAGAUCACAGGGAAGCCAAAUCUGUCCUCCCCUCUCUCGCUUCAGCUCCUGCCUCCACCUGUAUUCAAAAGCCUCUCCACUGUGAUGAUAACAACAAAGAACUUUGUGCUCAGAAAACUGCAAGACCACAAGCCUCCACAGCAGGAAGCUCGAUUCACCACACAGGGGACAAAACAGACGGAGGACGAUCCCGGGAUACGAGGUCAAAAGAGGGUGGUAGAUUUACGGCCAAGCGAUCUGAAGAAUCUGAGCGGGGUGGCCUCACUGGGCAUAGACCCUGUAAAAGCAGCAGACUUUGAGUCAUUUUUGCAAAUGAAGACUGCCAGAGCUGCCAGUUGCUCCACACAUUCUCCCAGUGGACUCACAGUGAACGGGAGCUCAGUGGGCUGGAACCAAACCCAUCAUUGCAGAUUACUGGACGGGCUAGUUCCUGAUCAGUUGCAGCUUUGCCGCAGGAAUCUGGAGCUGAUGCACAGCAUUGUCCAUGCGGCCAAACUCACUAAACUGACGUGCCAGAGCACUUUUUCUGACAUGAGAUGGAAUUGUUCAUCGAUUGAAAACGCACCGCAUUUUAUGCCGGAUUUGGCGAAAGGUACGCGAGAAUCGGCAUUUGUGUUUUCUCUGGCUGCCGCUGUCGUGAGUCACUCUAUUGCCAGAGCCUGUGCGUCUGGCGAGCUCCCUAGCUGUUCUUGCGCGCCGGCGCCUGCGGAACAGGCAGGUCCUGACUUCAGAUGGGGCGGCUGCGGUGACAACCUUCGUUAUGGUCUGCAGAUGGGCUCCGCUUUUUCCGAUGCACCCAUGAAAAACAGCAGAUCUGGCUCGCAGGCAUUCCGCCUGAUGCACCUACACAACAAUGCUGUUGGAAGACAGUCACUCGUUGAUGCUAUGGAAACGAAGUGCAAGUGCCAUGGCGUGUCAGGGUCCUGCUCCGUUAAGACGUGUUGGAAAGGGCUACAUGACAUUAAUCACAUUGCUGCGGAUCUGAAGUCCAAGUAUUUAGCAGCCACAAAAGUGAUUCACCGCCACGUGGGGACACGUAGGCAACUGGUGCCCCGAGAACUUGAUGUCAGACCCGUGAGAGAGAGCGAACUGGUCUACUUGGUCAGUUCCCCGGAUUACUGCACACAGAAUGAAAAGCAUGGGUCAUUCGGCACACAGGACAGGCAGUGCAAUAAAACAUCCAAUGGUAGUGACAGCUGCAAUCUGAUGUGCUGUGGGCGUGGCUACAAUGCAUACACAGAGAGGAUUGUGGAGAGGUGCCAGUGCAAGUAUCACUGGUGCUGCUAUGUCACCUGCAAGAAGUGUGAAAGGACCGUGGAGAGAUAUGUGUGCAAGUAA